UCUCAGUUCUUUCUCUUCUCAAUUUCUCCCUCAAUGCUUCUCUGAACUGCGAAGCUCUGAGUUGCGCCAGUAAUGGCGUCCCUUGUGCUUACUUCCUCCUGUAACCUAGGAUUUCGCUCACUUCCAAAUCGCAGAUCCCGCUCUGCAACUGCUACGUCACUACUAAAUCUUCAAUCCUCUACCAGAUCCGAUGUAUUCUUGCAUCAAAGUCGGAUCUGCUCGCGUUCUAAUUCGUUGAAGAAUCCUUUCUUGGGCGUUCUUCCAUCUAUCACCCCUAAGCUUUCGAAUUGCGCUCGUUCUCUCUCGGAUCGGUUGUAUUCUGUUCGAGCUUCGGCUUCUUCUGCUGCGGUAGUACCUUCAUCCCAGCCAUGGCAGGGAGCUUCGAUGAAGCCAUUGAUGGCUUCAAUUGCCACCGGAGUUAUUCUAUGGUUCGUUCCGGUGCCGGCCGGUGUGUCGAGGAAUGCUUGGCAGUUGCUCUCUAUAUUCCUUGCUACCAUCGUCGGCAUCAUCACGCAACCAUUGCCUCUCGGUGCUGUUGCUUUGAUGGGAUUGGGCGCCUGUGUACUCACUAAGACGCUAACUUUCGCUGCUGCUUUCUCAGCCUUCGGUGAUCCGAUUCCAUGGCUUAUUGCUCUCGCUUUCUUCUUUGCUCGAGGAUUUAUAAAGACGGGGCUUGGUAACCGUAUCGCCUACCAGUUUGUGUCUCUUUUUGGUAGCUCAUCAUUAGGAUUAGGUUACAGUUUAGUUUUCAGCGAGGCACUCCUCGCACCUGCUAUUCCCUCUGUGUCUGCUAGAGCUGGUGGGAUUUUCCUCCCACUAGUUAAGUCCCUUUGUGUUGCCUGUGGUAGUAAUGUUGGCGAUGGGACCGAAAAGCGGUUAGGGUCUUGGUUGAUGCUUACUUGCUUUCAGACAUCCGUGAUUUCCUCAUCAAUGUUUCUCACUGCUAUGGCGGCGAAUCCGUUGAGUGCAAAUCUCACGUACAACACGAUCAAACAGACAAUUGGCUGGACAGAUUGGGCCAAAGCUGCUAUUGUGCCAGGCCUGGUGUCUUUGAUUGUUGUCCCGUUGCUUUUGUAUGUGAUUUACCCACCGACAGUGAAGAGCAGUCCUGAUGCCCCAAAACUUGCAAAGGAAAAGUUAGAGAAGAUGGGACCAAUGACCAAGAAUGAGAGUAUCAUGGCGGUUACUCUGCUUCUCACGGUGGGGCUCUGGAUCUUUGGAGGAGUGCUGAAUGUGGAUGCUGUUACUGCUGCCAUUCUUGGGUUAUCUGUACUCCUCAUAACAGGGGUCGUGACAUGGAAGGAAUGCUUAGCAGAAGGGGUUGCCUGGGAUACACUUACGUGGUUUGCUGCACUCAUUGCAAUGGCUGGCUAUCUAAACAAAUAUGGUCUAAUCUCCUGGUUCAGCCAAACUGUAGUUAAGUUUGUGGGAGGACUUGGUCUGUCAUGGCAGCUCUCAUUCGGCAUUUUGGUUCUUCUCUACUUCUAUUCUCACUACUUCUUUGCUAGUGGGGCUGCUCACAUUGGUGCGAUGUUUACGGCCUUCUUAUCUGUUGCAAGCGCCCUCGGUACCCCACCACUCUUUGGGGCCAUGGUGCUAUCCUUCCUCUCAAACCUUAUGGGUGGCCUCACUCACUAUGGGAUUGGAUCAGCUCCAGUAUUCUACGGUGCGAACUAUGUUCCACUGGCACAAUGGUGGGGUUAUGGGUUCGUCAUCUCUGUUGUCAACAUUGUCAUCUGGCUUGGUGUGGGAAGUGUCUGGUGGAAGUUCAUUGGCUUGUUUUGAAGGAACAGAUAUAGGAUUUUACCAUUCCUGUAGGUAAUUAUCAACUGAUUUUUGUUCCCCACUUGCAUUUACCCUUUCAAUUUUUUUCUUAUUCCCUGUGAGGCAGUAUAUUACUUUAUUUUCAUUGUAUGUUUUCUGGGAAUUUAUUUCUGGUGGCAUUGGUGGAAACCUUAGGUAGGGUAUGGGCAUACAGACAGAUCUUCUUAGAAAGAGGUCAGCAGUUUGUACUUUAAAUUUUGACUUGGCAGGAAGUAUCUGCCACUUACAAGAAAUAGUGAUUAAUUGAAUA